AUGCUGGCGCGUCAGGCCGCCCUUGCUGCUCGUGCCGCAUCGACCAAGGCUGUCGGGAAGCGGGUGAAAACCUUCGAAAUCUACCGCUACAAUCCGGACAAGGCUGGCUCGAAGCCGUAUAUGCAGCGAUACGAUGUGGAUUUGGACAAGUGUGGCCCAAUGAUCCUCGACGCGCUGAUCAAGAUUAAAAACGAAGACGACCCGACCCUGACUUUCCGGCGUUCCUGUCGUGAAGGUAUCUGCGGAUCGUGUUCGAUGAACAUUGGUGGGACAAACACGCUGGCCUGUAUCUGCAAGAUUGAUGACGACACGAGCAAGAGUACAAAGAUCUACCCGCUGCCUCACAUGUUUGUUGUCAAGGAUCUUGUGCCGGACAUGAACCUCUUCUACGCCCAAUACGCCUCCAUCCAGCCGUGGAUUCAGAAGAAGGACAAGCUGACCCUCGGCGACAAACAAAUGCACCAAAGCGUCAAGGAGCGGGAGCGCCUGGAUGGUCUCUAUGAGUGCAUUCUGUGCGCGUGCUGCUCGACGUCUUGCCCAUCUUACUGGUGGAAUGCCGACAAAUACCUCGGCCCUGCCGUUCUCAUGCAGGCUUAUCGAUGGGUGAUUGACUCCCGUGACGACUACGCUUUGGAACGUCUCCACCGUAUGCACGAUGCGUAUUCGGCCUUCAAAUGCCACACCAUUCUCAACUGCACGAAGACUUGCCCUAAGCAUCUGAACCCUGCCCGCGCCAUCGGUGAGAUCAAGUCCCUCCUCGUCGGGCUGAAGACGAAGCCGGCUCCGGAUGUCGCCAAGGUC